UAUCAUUUAUCAUAGUUUAGAAUUAGAUAAUUAUUCUAAAAUAGCAUUCAGAUAAAAAAGAUAAUAUAUACAUCAUUAUUAAAAUUAUGACAAAAAAUUCGUUGGACAAUCUAAAGAGAGGACAUUGGUCUGGGAAAUUGGAUUUUAUUCUUUCAUGCAUAGGAUUCGCUAUUGGAUUGGGUAACAUCUGGCGCUUUCCUUACAUAUGUUAUAAUAAUGGAGGAGGCGCUUUCCUGAUUCCUUACCUUGUAUUCAUGCUAUUUUGUGGUAUGCCGUUGGUAUUCCUUGAAUUUUCUUUCGGGCAAUUUGCUAGCUUGAGUCCUAUUUCGAUAUGGAAGAUAUCGCCAUUUUUUAAAGGUGUUGGUUACGGUAUGGUCAUGAUAUCGGCCCUCGUAUGCAUCUACUAUAACAUAAUUAUGGCCUGGAAUUUCUAUUACUUGUUUUCCUCUUUCACUACGCGGCUGCCUUGGUCCACUUGCGACAACGCAUGGAACACCCCCCAAUGCAUUGUCAGGGACGGGUCCCUUAACGACUUUCAGUUAACCUCAUCGCUACAUAACAUCACGUCAUUCAAUAUGACAUUAUCGGCCAACUUUGGCAACGGUACUUCGUUGCAAGGGACUGGACAGCGUACAUCGGCCAGCGAAGAAUUUUGGAUAAGACACGUCUUGCAAUUGUCAACCGGUAUAGAGUACUUGGGGAACAUCCGACUGGAGCUAUUGGGCUGUUUGGUAUUGGCCUGGAUUAUUAUUUUUUUAUGCCUGAUAAAAGGGGUUAAAUCUUCUGGAAAGAUCGUAUACGUGUCAGCUACUUUGCCAUAUUUGAUCCUCGUAAUCCUAUUCUCCAGAGGACUCAUGCUUCCUGGGGCCUUAGAUGGCAUAAAACUAUUCUACAAGCCAGAUUGGAGGGCACUUAGAGACAUUAAAAUAUGGAUAGCAGCGGCCACCCAAAUAUUUUAUUCUCAGGCGGCUGGUUGGGGUGGCCUUAUAACCAUGGCUAGUUACAACAAAUUUCAUCACAAUUGUUACAGGGAUGCCAUAAUGUUACCUUUUAUCAAUUCGGGAACUAGCAUAUUCGCUGGGACAGUCGUAUUUUCCUUCAUAGGCUAUAUGGCCCACAAAACUAAGGUUCCCAUCCGAAGUGUCAUUCAGAAAGGUCCUGGAUUAGCUUUUGUGGUCUAUACUGAAGCCGUUGCUAACAUGCCCUUUCCUUAUGUAUGGGCCUCUUUAUUUUUCCUCAUGAUUUUUACUGUUGGAAUUGAUUCUCAGUUUGCCAUGUUUGAAACAUGUGUUUCAGCGUUCACUGACGAAUUCCCUCAGUUUUUGGCCCGGCGUAAACUAGCAUUUUGCGGGUUCAUGUGCGCUCUCUUAUGUUUGUUGGGUAUCCCUUCUGUUGCCCAAGGUGGCAUGUACGUGCUUCAAUUGAUUGAUCAUUACAGCGCCGCUUUUUCUCUCAUGGUUAUAUCUCUCCUUGAGCUGUUUGCCAUCAACUACGUUUACGGCACGGAGAAAUUUAUGAUGGAUAUAGAAAUUAUGAUUAACAAGAAACCAUCUGCCUACUGGAAAAUAUUAUGGAGAUACGUGACGCCAGCCAUCAUAAUUGGCCUUUUGAUUUCCUCUAUAGUAUAUUUCGAACCGCUCACUUACAACGAUACUUAUACAUAUCCGCAAUGGGCUACUGUUGUUGGGUGGCUUUUAGCGUUAGCAUCUCUCGUUCCCCUUCCCAUCCUCAUGUAUGUCGCAAUCCAUAAGUCGCCUGGAAAGACUUGUUACCAGAAAUUCAAAAAUUCAUUGAAACCUACCGAAAAAUGGGGCCCUUAUCUUGAACAAGAUUGCAUUGAAUACAAAGAAAAGAUGGCAAUUUUAAAAUCUAGAAACAAUCUCGUAAAACCUGAUGAUACGGAACACAAGAAUUUGGAUAACGUAUUGGUUUUAAAUGGUUUUCACAAAGGCAACGAUGAGCAAGAUUCCCUUAGGGACCAGGAGUGGAACCAAUUACAGGAUCACCAUAAAUUUUAAGGGUUUUUUUCUUCAAUUAAGCAUAAUAUACUCGUUUUAAUAUCGAAUAAAUUCGAUCGAAUGUCGUAAUUUUUUUAUACUUUCAUAUAUUUUGUGUAUAAAUAUUAAUUUUUAGAUAUCUCAAAAAUCAUUUUUUUAAACUUUUGACUUAUUUACUCAUUUUCGUUAAAAUCAUCUAUUUCAUUCCAUUUUUUUCAAAACAAUUAUUCUUUUCAAAUAUAAUCCAAAUCUUAAAUAGCUCUUGAUAUUUUUGUGUUUCAUUAAUUUGGAAAAAUAUAAAUAUUUACUAUGAUAAUUUAUGACAAUUAUUUAGUAAUAUCUUAAGUUUUAAGAAAAAAUCAUUUAUUAAUUAAAUAUUUUUAUAAACUAUGACUUGAUAUUUUAUUGAUUUAUGAUAUUGUUAUAUAAUAAUAAUUAUUAUAAUAUCAUUUUUUGUCAAUCAUUUUCUAUGUCCAUUUUAGCUAAAAUAAUUAUGACAAUUAUUAUAUUAUUCUCACAAUUCAACGAACUUUUUUUGCUGCCUUAAUUUUAAAUAGUAGAUUUUAUAAGUAUUAGAUUAAAUUUUGAUUACACAAGUUUUGAAUAAGGCGGGAAAAUUUUGGACACAUU